AUGAGCGACAAGAACCUUGUCAAAGAGACCCUGGCCCUUAUGGCUUCUAGCACCUCACGCGAAGGAGUCCAAGCAAUUCGGUUAGCCAGCCACAACAAAAUAGUCGAUAUCGCAACCCACAAGGACACCGCCGGACAGGAGAUCGUGCUCUGGAGCGACAUUAUCAUGGUCUUUCGUGAUGCACUCUACCUCCAAUAUGGAACAAAAGCUAUCCCCUUCCUCAAGGGUCCUGAUUUCAAAGUUCUUGACCCUCUUCGGAUUGCCGCGAUUCCGGGAGCCACCUUGGAGGUUGUCGUUGACGACGACGAUGACGACGAAUCAACGACUACUGUCAGCAAGAGAGCGACUUUGUCUCGGGGCACCGUUCAAAAAUCAAAGUCAACAAAGCAGAAAUCGACCCCACAACGAUCUACAGGCCGCUCUGUAGCACCUCCGACACCAACGCCGCCACCACCGAUCCCAACAACACACAGUUCUGCACCUCAAGCGCUACCGCUGGAAAUAACAUUAGAGAUUUCUCCAGCGUCAUCGUAUGAGCCAACCUCUCUGGGAUCGUUAUUCACGUCACCCUUCUCCAAGGUCACCCCAGAGGCUCCCACAAGAACGCAGCAACGAAGACCUCGUGUCGCAUCUAACGCCAUCCAGGAAACAUCAACGGUUGAGUCAUUGGCAGUGGCAACCAAUUCUCAGGAGACAGCCAACAACAAGGACCAGCACAAUGCAACCCUACGGAACCCUCAAUAUGGACUGGUGGAAGAGGCAUUGGCCAACUACAACCAUAUGGAGGUUCCAGCAGAGGCACUCAAGCGUCUCGAACCACACAAAUAUAAGAAUGACGCUCGCAACCCUCAAUGCGGGUCCGACACGCCGACAGACAUUCAACGCACAAACAACACCAACCAAGGGCAAGCCCCUCAGGAGUACGGCAGCCUUGAUAAUGAAGAGUACGGCGACCCGACGAAACCCAAGAGCACUAACGAGACAAUCAUGUGGGCGAACCAAGGCGAUCCCGAGGCGCAAGUUGCGCUAGGAAACUUGUAUCGUCAUGGCAACAUCGAUCUUACAAAGAACUUUCAGGCGGCGAUGGAUUGGUACCUCAAGGCAGCAAAGCAGGGUUACGACAUGGCGCAGUACAGUGUCGGCAUUCUGUACUACGUUGGUGAGGGCGUUCAGCAAGACUAUGCCAUGGCCGAAGAAUGGUUCCGCAAGGCUGCAGCGCAGGGAGGAGAGUCAGUGGUUCCGUACAUGUUGGGCAAGCUGUACGAGGAAGGUCAUGGCACCCAAGACAGCCCAGAAGAGGCUCAGUCUUGGUACCUCAUGGCCGCCGCGCGAAACUAUAUCCCUGCUCAGUUGGCCCUCGGAUCGUUGUUGGUGUCCGGCCAUGGUGGUCGCAUCCCAGAGAAGGAUCGGAACUACUCGGGCGCGAUGGAUUGGUACCUGAAGGCGGCGCACGUAGGUGACGCACAGGCGCAUUAUGAAAUUGGACGGAUGUUUGAUGAAGGGGUGGGUGUUGUUCAGGAUGACUUGAAGGCGAGACAGUGGUAUGCACAGGCGUCUGCGCGUGGCCAUGCUGGUGCUGAGGAGAGGUUGCAGUCGUUGGGGUCAAAGUCACAGGCCCAAGUGGAAUCUAGGUAUGGUUCUUUGAAGGGACUCUUUGGCAGACUUAGCGAGGGGAUCUUUUGA